AGCGUCUUCAUCGCGGGCGCCGAGGCCGCCAUCUUAGAUGGCGGGAGUCAGCGGGGAGCGAGCGUGAGGCGUGAAGAAGGCUCUUCCGCCGCUGUCGCUGGGCGCCCCGCGAGGGCCAGCUGGCCGGGCUUUGGGGCGCGCGCCCUGGGGCGCGGGGCGCGAGCGCGACGAUGCGGGGCCUUCCCGGGGCCCCGUCCCCUGGGCUGGGGACGCGCUUCAUGUGACCGCCCCCGGUUCCCUCGCCUGCCGCGGGGAGGAGCGGCCCGGACGCCGCCGGGGGACGACCGGACGCGGGGUGGCCGGCUCCCCCAGGUUAAAGUCUGAGCUGCAUCAAUGGAGCACGUACAGGGAGCCUGGAAGGCGAUCAGCAAUGGUUUUGGACUCAAAGACGCGGUGUUUGAUGGCUCCAGCUGCAUCUCUCCAACAAUAGUCCAGCAGUUUGUCUAUCAGCGCCGGGCAUCAGAUGAUGGCAAACUCACAGAUUCUUCUAAGACAAACAACACUAUCCGUGUUUUCUUGCCAAAUAAGCAAAGAACAGUGGUCAAUGUGCGAAAUGGAAUGAGCCUGCACGAUUGCCUUAUGAAAGCUCUCAAGGUGAGGGGCCUCCAGCCAGAGUGCUGUGCUGUGUUCAGACUCCUCCACGAACACAAAGGUAAAAAAGCACGUUUAGAUUGGAAUACUGAUGCUGCCUCCUUGAUUGGAGAAGAACUUCAAGUAGACUUUCUGGAUCAUGUUCCCCUCACAACACACAACUUUGCCCGGAAGACAUUUCUGAAGCUUGCAUUCUGUGACAUUUGUCAGAAGUUCCUGUUAAAUGGGUUUCGAUGUCAGACUUGUGGCUACAAAUUUCAUGAGCACUGUAGCACCAAAGUACCUACUAUGUGUGUGGACUGGAGUAACAUCAGACAGCUCUUGUUGUUUCCCAAUUCCACUAUUGGCGAUAGUGGCGUCCCAGCCCUACCGUCUUUGACAAUGCGGCGGAUGCGAGAGUCUGUCUCCCGGGCGCCACCUAGCUCCUACUACAGGCAUUCCACACCCCACGCCUUCACCUUCAGCCCCUCCAGCCCCUCCUCAGAAGGCUCCCUCUCCCAGAGGCAGCGGUCCACGUCCACGCCCAACGUCCACAUGGUCAGCACCACCCUGCCUGUGGACGGCAGGGUGAUCGAGGAUGCACUUCGAAGUCACAGUGAAUCAGCCUCUCCUUCAGCCCUGUCCAGCAGCCCCAACAACCUGAGCCCCACAGGCUGGUCCCAGCCCAAAACCCCUGCGCCAGUACAAAGGGAACGGGCACCAGGAUCCGGGAUGCAGGAGAAAAACAAAAUUAGGCCUCGUGGACAGAGAGAUUCAAGCUAUUACUGGGAGAUCGAAGCCAGUGAAGUGAUGCUGUCCACUCGGAUUGGGUCGGGCUCCUUUGGAACCGUGUAUAAGGGCAAGUGGCAUGGCGACGUCGCAGUGAAGAUCCUGAAGGUUGUCGACCCCACCCCAGAGCAGUUCCAAGCGUUCAGGAACGAGGUUGCCGUGCUGCGCAAAACCCGGCACGUGAAUAUCCUGCUCUUCAUGGGGUACAUGACGAAGGACAACCUGGCCAUCGUGACGCAGUGGUGCGAGGGCAGCAGCCUCUACAAACACCUGCACGUCCAGGAGACCAAAUUCCAGAUGUUCCAGCUGAUCGACAUUGCGCGGCAGACGGCUCAGGGGAUGGACUAUCUGCAUGCAAAGAACAUCAUCCACAGAGACAUGAAAUCCAACAACAUAUUUCUCCACGAAGGCCUCACGGUGAAGAUUGGAGACUUUGGGCUGGCAACGGUGAAGUCGCGCUGGAGCGGCUCUCAGCAGGUGGAGCAGCCCACUGGCUCUGUGCUGUGGAUGGCCCCCGAGGUGAUCCGCAUGCAGGAUAACAACCCGUUCAGCUUCCAGUCGGACGUCUACUCCUACGGCAUCGUGCUGUACGAGCUCAUGACCGGGGAGCUGCCCUACUCCCACAUCAACAACCGAGACCAGAUCAUCUUCAUGGUGGGCCGAGGGUACGCCUCCCCAGAUCUCAGCAGGCUGUACAAGAACUGCCCCAAAGCAAUGAAACGGCUGGUGGCGGACUGCGUGAAGAAGGUGAAGGAGGAGAGGCCCCUCUUCCCGCAGAUCCUGUCCUCCAUCGAGCUGCUCCAGCACUCGCUGCCGAAAAUCAACCGGAGCGCGUCUGAGCCUUCCCUGCACCGCGCGGCCCACACCGAGGACAUCAACUCCUGCACGCUGACCACGUCCCCGCGGCUGCCGGUCUUCUAGCCGACUCUGCACCUGCGCUCUGGCCGCCAGGGAGGAGUGCGCGGGCACCUCGGUCCCCGUCUUUGGGAGCAUGGUGCGUGCUUCCAGAGGAGCUGCUGCUGCGGCCUUCCAGACAGCGGGGGCCUUACUUACCAUCACGUUGCCUUCUUUUCUACCCUCUGACCUGGAGAAGGAAGCCGCUCCCACGCUGCCCCGCCGGCAGCGGCACGAAAGCGGGGCUCCGGCCACAGAGCAGCCCAGCUGACUGUGGGCUCACGGGACUUUGCACGUGGGCUUCUCCUCACAGUGGUGCACCGCCAAACAGUUUUGCACAUAACGCACCAAACAGCCCAGGACUGCCGAGACGGCCGCCUGGAGGAGCCUGCUUUGGUACUAAGGGACGUGACUCUAGGGACACGGCUUCCUUUCAGAGCCUCCUCGUCGGUGUGGGGAGGGGGCCUUUUCCAGGCAGGGUGCAAGGUGCUCUACCCGCCCACCUGGGAGCAGCCUCCCCCCAUCCCCGCGCCCCUCCCGCCCCCCGCCCCGCUCAGCCUGUCUUCCAGGAGUUGCCCCUGUGGAGCGGGCCCCGGGCAGCCUGCCGGAGUCACAUCACGUCCACGAGAAAGCCAAGAGAUUCAGGUUUUCUUAAUGAUUGGGGUUUUAAUUUUGUUUUUAUCGUGUCUGACAAGAUACAGUUAUCUGAUAAUUCAUCAAUUAUGUUAUUUUAAUAAAAUAAAUUAAAUUUA